AUGUCCGGCACGGAUAUGCACAAUAAUAAAGGUGGGCGAAUGGGUACACCACCCGCGCCUUCUUAUGCUGGUGGUCAAUUCAGCAUGAACACUCCACACUCCAAUGCCAUGUCGCCUUUCGGGAAUCCUACCCCGAAGAGCGUCGCAUUCGAACUCGUCUUUACACAAUCUCCUCAACAGCGUGCGCGAUUACCAAUGCGUGUUCAAAUCUUCCCUCAUGAUACAACGGAUUCAAUCAUUACCACUGUCAAGAACUUCUAUGGUUUAUACGCAGGCCCUGGCGGUGCGAAAGGUGUGAGCUUUGAAGACGAACAAGGAAACACCCUCAUCGCACGAUACGAGAACUUCAGAAAUAACAUGGUCGUCUAUGUCAGAGUGAUUUUAGAAGAGUCUUCUGGUGCAUAUGGCCCAUCACCAUGCAGCCCUGGGUCCCCACGCUUAAAGCAAGCCUACUAUCCUGGCGAUGCUCAGCACCUACCGCCCCACCCUGCUCAAGCACUCAGCUAUGGCCAGGCUAUAGCCAGACCCACAUCGAGGACAUCACAGAAGCGUAGCACUUCUCCUGGCCAAGGCCGUGGCCGUCGCAGUGCCUCUGCCAGUCUCAAUCCAUCUCUUCCGACCAAAAAGAGUAGAUCUCGAUCAGGUUUCAAAAGCCGUGGGUCAAGCACUCACGGUAGCUUCCAAGAGCUUCAUAGCGACGGUUUGAAUGGAUACAGCAGUGGUGAUGGUGGGGCUGGCUCUGUCACCAGUAAAGCUAGGAGUGAGCACAUUGGCAAUACCGAGAUCAGUCUCGAUAAUAUCGUCGAGGGAGGUCGACGAAAGAGAGCCAAGUUUGAAAGUUCUGAACUUCCCUUGUUUGCACCACCACAAAUGCCUGCUGCAACUUCGAAUUCUUCCCUAUCUCCGGCUCGUCGCAUGGAACAUCAGCGAUCGAGCUUUCCUUACACUGGGGGAUUUGCUCAUAAUCCUUUCUCCAACCCACCCACCCUGCAAUCACCUCAGAGCUAUGGGAAUGGCUUCGGGCAACCGGGCAUGUAUUCUACGCCAGCAGCUCAAGGUCGUCGAACACGUGGAUCAUAUCCUUCAGGGCGUCAAUCUAUCAGUACACCGGGCAAUACCUCUGGCAUACUACCUACUCCAGAUCCUACCGUUGGCAGUUGCAUGUCAGAGGAAGAUAAGGAUGUCGCUUUGCAAUUGAUGAGACUUGGCGACAUGUCAAACAUCUCUCAUGGCCGCACAUCCGCAUCCACCCUCGACGACACCUUCAGUGGACGAGCUGAUGCCGCUUCUUCCACUGGCGCCACUAGUGACAGUGAGAGUGAGAGCGAAACUGAACUUCCACCCGCUCGACGAAUUAAGCGUGAGCCAAGUCCAAUCCUGCCACCUGGAUUUUGGAAGAAGGCCCAUCCUCAUUUGGAUGACACCUUACCGACAGAUAGUACUGAUCCAAGCAGUGAUGAACGUGACUAUGAAGAUGGUCAAGAUGGCACCUUUAAGCCAGGGCAUGCAGAUGAUGCUGUUGAUAAUGAAGAAGCAAAGCCUCCCAAGGUCGUCAAAGCCAAGGCGGCUAGAAAGCCUCUACCCUCUGUUCCUUCUAUCAAGACCAAAGUCAACAACAGAGUUAGCAAAUCAAACCGACCAGGUCCUCUUGUUAAGCCAAGGAAAGCCAACAGUGUCUCUGCUUCUAGCAAAGGUCCAAUCUCGCCUACCUCCUUACCAUCGCAAUCACGCAAGACCUCCGUGGCAUCUGCCGCAACUCACCAACACCACCUCGGUGAUGAUGAAGAGGACCUGUCAUCCAAACCACGUUGUCAACGCUGCAGAAAGAGUAAGAAGGGUUGUGAUCGUCAACGCCCUUGUGGUCGAUGCCAAGAUGCAGGACUUGGUGCUGAUCAGUGCGUCAGUGAAGACGAAGGGAAUGGCCGUAAAGGUCGUUAUGGGCGCCAUAUGGGUGUACCUGUGAAGAAAGAUGAGCUCCCUCAAGUUCCAAUCUUUCCAUCAUCACUUCCUUUCAGUGGCGCAGGCAGUUUUGACAAGAGCAGGAAGAGGAAGAGGUGA